CCCGGCCAAGCCCAGCGCCGGGAGGGGCAGGCCCUCCUCUCGGCGCGCCGUGGGGACCCUGUGUCCGGAGGAGGCCGGCGUCCAGCAGAUGCACGCGGGGGAGGGCGGGGGAGGGGCGGGGAGAAGAAAACCCACAACAAAACUCGCCGCGCGGAGCGCACGGCUCAACUCGAAUGGAAGGAGCCCGCGCCUGCGGAGCGCAGCCAAGACUCGGGCGAGCGAGCGGGGCCGGCGGGGCGCGGCACGGCGCUGGGGCGCAGCAGGCACCAUGGCCCAGAGCAGGGCGCUGCUGCUCCUGCUGCUGUUGCCGCCGCAGCUGAACCUAGGACCUGUGCUUGCCGUGAGGGCCCCAGGGUUUGGCCGCAGUGGCGCCCACAGCCCGAGCCCCGAAGAGAAUGAGUUCGUGGAGGAGGAUCCGGUGCUGGUCCUGAGCCCCGACGAGCCAGGGCCUGCAGCCGACUGCCCUCGGGACUGCGCCUGCUCCCAGGAGGGAGUGGUGGACUGUGGUGGCAUUGACCUGCGGGAAUUCCCGGGGGGCCUGCCAGAGCACACCAGCCACCUGUCCCUUCAGAACAACCAGCUGGAGAAGAUCUUUCCCCAGGAACUCUCUCGACUACACCGGCUGGAGACUCUGAACCUGCAGAACAACCGCCUGACGUCCCGAGGGCUCCCGGAGGAGGCGUUUGAGCACCUGGCCAACCUCAAUUACCUGUACCUGGCCAAUAACAAGCUGACCUUGGCACCUCGAUUCCUGCCAAAUGCCCUGAUCAGUGUGGACUUUGCUGCCAACUAUCUCACCAAGAUCUAUGGGCUCACCUUUGGCCAGAAGCCAAACUUGAGGUCCGUGUACCUGCACAACAACAAGCUGGCCGACGCCGGGCUGCCUGACAACAUGUUCAACGGCUCCAGCAACGUUGAGAUCCUCAUCCUGUCCAGCAACUUCUUGCGCCAUGUGCCCAAGCACCUGCCACCGGCCCUGUACAAGUUGCACCUCAAGAAUAACAAACUGGAGAAGAUCCCACCAGGGGCCUUCAGUGAGCUGAGCAACCUGCGGGAGCUGUACCUGCAGAACAACUACCUGACAGACGCGGGCCUGGACAACGAGACCUUCUGGAAACUCUCCAGCCUGGAGUACCUGGAUCUGUCCAGCAACAACCUGUCUCGGGUCCCCGCGGGGCUGCCGCGCAGCCUGGUGCUGCUGCACCUGGAGAAGAACGUCAUCCGCAGCGUGGACGCCGACGUACUGACGCCCAUCCGUAGCCUCGAGUACCUGCUGCUGCACAGCAACCAGCUGCGGGCGCAGGGCAUCCACCCGCUGGCCUUCCAGGGCCUCAAGCGGCUGCACACGGUGCACCUGUACAACAACGCGCUGGAGCGCGUGCCCAGUGGCCUGCCCCGUCGCGUGCGCACCCUCAUGAUCCUGCACAAUCAGAUCACGGGCAUCGGUCGCGAAGACUUUGCCACCACCUACUUCCUGGAGGAACUCAACCUCAGCUACAACCGCAUCACCAGCCCGCAGGUGCACCGCGACGCCUUCCGCAAGCUACGCCUGCUGCGCUCACUAGACCUGUCCGGCAACCGCCUGCACACGCUGCCGCCUGGGCUACCCCGCAACGUGCACGUGCUGAAGGUCAAGCGCAACGAGCUGGUCGCCUUGGCCCGCGGCGCGCUGGCAGGCAUGGCCCAGCUGAGGGAGCUCUACCUCACUGGCAACCGGCUGCGCAGUCGGGCUCUGGGGCCCCGCGCCUGGGCGGACCUCGCCCACCUGCAGCUGCUGGACAUUGCUGGGAAUCAGCUCACAGAGAUCCCGGAGGGCCUCCCGGAGUCGCUGGAGUACCUGUACCUGCAGAACAACAAGAUCAGUGCUGUGCCCGCCCAUGCCUUUGACUCCACACCCAACCUCAAGGGCAUCUUUCUCAGGUUUAACAAGCUGGCCGUGGGCUCAGUGGUGGAGAGCGCCUUCCGGAGGCUGAAGCACCUGCAGGUCUUGGACAUUGAAGGCAACUUUGAGUUUGGUGGUGUUUCCAAGGACCGUGGCCGCUUGGAAGAGGAAGAGGAGGAGGAAGAGGAGGAGGAGGAAGAGGAAACAAGAUAGUGACAAAGGACAGAGAUCUGACCUAGGACGCUGGACUCCUUCCUGCAACGAGCCCUCAUCCUGCCACGCUCCCACCGACGCACCCAGCACUGCACCCUGGGGAGUUGCGCAGGACACAGGUCACACCCAGCCUAACUCCUCCCUGCAGCGUGUCCCUCAGGCUGAGAUGUGCAGGCACCAAGCCACACCCCUUCACACACACACACAGCCAGCUGCAAACUGUCACACUCCACCCCGAGCCCUCUGCUGCCACCACGCCCUCGGAGUCACGCAGACGGGAAAGGUCUGGUCUAUCCUGGCACACAUAUAGCUGGCUCCUGUCCCCUGUCUGUGUCUUACACACACACACACACACACACACACACACACACACACAGAGUCAGGUGCAAGCAGCAGCCCACAGCUCUUGCCUGCAGCCAGAACAGCUCUUCAGCUGGCCCGUCCAUCUGUCCGUCCGUCCCCUGGAGAAGUAGGGUUAUCUCCGUGCUCUGUGGCCAGGUGCCUGCCACCCUUGGGAACUCACAAAAGCUGGCUUUUGUUCCUUUCCUGCCCUUUGGGGACAGGAACCUCCUGGCCCCACCCCCACUGAGAGCCCCUUGCAGGCCACCGGCAGCUCCCGCGGGCGAGCCCCAGUGAAGCAGACAGGAAGGCUGCCGGGCGCCACCCGGGGCUCAGGGCAGGAGUGAGACUGAGGGCGAGCAGAGAGGGCGAGGGGGGAGGGCCCAGCUGCACCUGUGAGACAUCAUCUUUAUUCUUUGGACCUACAGAAAGUUUUAGGUGCCUUUGAUUUUUUUUUAUUCUUUUUGAAGAAAAAAAUGAUAAAAAAUCUCUAAGCUGAUUUUUCUUGUUACAGAAAAACUAAUAUAAAAGCAUUAUCCUUGCCCUUGCA